AUGGCUAGGUUGAAUGAAUCAACUGCUGCCGCGGAAUCUGUUGAUGCCCUGAGGCGGCGGUUCGUGCGGCAAAACCGUGAGAUCGCUAGAGUAAACUCAAUCCAGUCCAUUCGCAUUCGAGGUCUAGAAUCUGAGGUCUCCCGUCUGCUCUCCGAAAAUGUGACGCUUCGUGAACAGGUAAUAUCUCUUAGUCAAGAAAUUGAAAGAUUCGAAGCAGCCAAGACCUUCAGCGAAGGUGUCUAUGAAAUCAAAGGAAAAUUGGAUGUCAAACUCGCGGAGAUAAACGGUUUGCUAGUGGACCUGGGGAAACUGCCACGAAAAUUUAAUGGGGAAUGUAACAAAGGGACAGCUACGACAAAUUCCAAGCUCUCGAGGCAGUUGAGCUCUGGACUGCAUCGCAGGGUCUAUGGUUCCGAGUACGACCGAAUUGCCGAAGAUGGGCAGCUUCCAGCCAUACUUGAAGACAAAUGCUACCCGAGAAGGACAUUAGAAUCAGCGGAAAUACAGGAUUUGUCAAAUAGCGACUUAGAUACUCCGGGAUUCUCGCAUACUGGACAAUCUCAAGUUGGUCGACCUGGAUCCCACGAAGAUGAUCUCAACAUAGGCAUCCUUGGAAUUUCUAGCCACAGGAAUGUGCUGGGAACUGAUACCCAACAUGAUGACGCUUUUCUCCCCCCCACUCUCGAGACCAGGAAGAAAAAGAGAUCCAGUCCCGAUGCAUCUGCUGAAUCGGACUACACUAUACCGUCCGCAGCACACAACUCAAAUAACGAUGAUAGAUAUAUCCUCAAGCCAGGAUCGAAACGCAAAUUCGGUUCAGGGGAGGAUGAUGGUAAAAAGGACGAGUUCGAUUCUAUCAAUGGUGAUGGGAGAUUCCGAUAUAAUAGAACUAUUCCUCCAUCGCAUAAUUCGACCACAUCCUUCAUGACGGUACCUCAUUCUCCACUCGACCAAAGUCAGUCAGAAGCAAAGAAGGGACGAAAGGACCACGGACCGCCAAAGCGGAGAGUACUUCAGCCGAAGAGUACAAAUGCAAGUAUACCUUCUCCGAAAAAGCAUCAAGGGGGAGUGCAGUAUCAGGAACAUCACAAAGAGACAGACGUGGAGAAUCAACAUCAACCAAUGGGCAAAACGUGCGGAAUCAAUGAACGUGAAGAUUCGAGUGAAAAGCCCGGGUGCUAUCACAUCGACCAGUGCAGACCAGAAAAAAAUGAUGGAAAUGUUACUACAACACAGAAAUUGCCUGCGGGAAAGACACUGGACUCACCAUAUCUUGAAGAGUCAGUGGCGCAAGAACGACUCGAUUCUGCAGGGACAUUAGACCCUCAGAAUUCACAUUCUCGGCCCACGCGUCGUCAGAGAGCCGUUGUUAGCUACGCUGAGCCGAAUUUGAGAGAUAAAAUGCGACGGUCAACGAACGAAUUUAUAGACGCAGUCGCGGGUGGCAACUCUCGAGCUUCCGGUUCUCGUGCAAUUCAAGAGAAUGAAAAGGCCGAGGGCAAGAAGUGUUCGAAAACAAAAACAAGCAUAGACACUGCUGCUGAAUCUGGUGAUAUCUUAGGUUCUGGAUCGAACACAAUAGGGGUCAAGGAUGCUAGUUCUAUGCCACGAGAAAUUUUGGAUUAUCAUGUUGAGAUUCUCCGAAGGAAACGCGGAUACUCCUCUGAAGAUAAACAUGAUUCAUCAUUUCAAGAUUAUACGGUGGAUAUGAAGGGGGGAAUUGCACCAUCUGGAUAUAUCCAACAAACAGGCGAACGACAUGGAGAUGGUGAUGCAUCUGAUCUUGAGGAGCAAAGCGCUGAGGGCCGGACUAUAUCCCAAAUUUCAACAAAAACAUCAAAAACAGUAUCGGCUACGAGAAAACGGUCUCGGCGACAUUCCUCGAAACCCAAGUCAGCUGGACCAGGUUCUUUGCCUCGAGAGUCUUUACAGCUGCGUAUUGAACCUCAACCUAUCCCACCCGGAAAAGACUAUUUAGGGUCUAUUCUUGCAAUUCCGUCAAAAUCGGAGGAACAUAUACCUGAAGCUGCUUCCUUGCCAACUGAAGACAGUCAAGCCAAACACAACCAGCGGUGCGCGAUGAGACGAAGAAGUAUGAUAUUGUAA